GCACAGAGCCCAAUGGAGGGCUCGAUCUCAUGGACUGUGAGGUCACGACCUGAGCUGAAACCAACAGUCGGGCCAUAACCGACCGACUGAGCCACCCAGGUGCCCCUGUUUGUUGCAUCUUUUAUGGGAAGCGAAGAUUAUCUAUUUCAGUUCUUGGUCCUCAUCCCUAAUCUUUUUCCAGUUUUGGAAAUGGCACAUCUGUGGUGCCUGAGUACUUUUGUGAAAUUACUCCUUUGUUACAAGGGAGAAAUUUAUAGUACUAGUGUAUGGCAUAAAAAGGGGCAACUUUCUUGUGUGACUAGAUUGAUCGAAAGAGUAGUUCGGGCAGUAAAGGCGAAAGAGCCGUGGGGACAUGUUUUAAAUUGUAUUGACAGUGAAACUGUCAUUAAUGUUUUGUGGUUUGUUACUCUGUACGGUGUGUUUCACUAAUGAGCAGUGAAGGCUUUAGGACUAAGGGCACAUUUGGUUUCGGUCUUUGAUGAUCCAUGACAAACCUUAAGUUUUACUUAGUUGGAACAAUCAUAUUAGGUGGCUGCUGGUCUUGUUGAUGUUUCAAGAACAGACGUACUCAGAUAAAGUCAUUUAAGAUUUCAAUCUUCAUGAUGCAACCGAGGACCUUUUGGAGGUGUUUGCUCUUUAGUAUGCAUUACUAGCCUUGUGACCUUGAAUACAUUUUGUGUCUCCUCUGAGUCUUAUUCCUUCUGUGGGUCUAAUGUGAGGAUAAUAAAUCCACCUGACAGUUGUUGUGAAUAUAUAUUUUGUUUAAAGUACAAUCCAAACUCUCCGUCUUGGGCUACAAGAUUUCCGCCUAGUUCUUCAGCUCAUCUUGAACCCCCUUCUGUGUCUGACCAAAUAGUUAUACUCUGUCCUUUAUAUUCCCUAACGUUGCAGGCUGCUUCUGGCUUCCUCAUCUUACGUGGUAGUUCUGUUUGCCUAGCAUGUUCCUCCUGUGGUUGGUUCAUUCUCAGACCUUAACGCCAGGUUCACCGCAUCAGGGAAGUCUUUACUGUUCCUUACAGCUACUUCAGUAGUCCUGUCUAAUCAGGUCUUAUCAGUUUGUGUGUUUUCUCAUAACGUUUAUUUCAGUCUGUAACUAUUUUGUUUAUUUGUUUUGGUCUUUCUCCACAUGUAAGUCCCACAUGGGCCAGCCGUGGCCUGUGGUUCUUCUGUCUCUCCCUAACACAACCCGUGGGGACAUGGACAAAAAGUGAUUAUAGUUUUUACGUUGGUAUCUACACAUCAAAGGCAAGGAUGUGCUGUAGAUCACAGAAAUCUGGUGGUUUUUUUUGUGUUGCUUAUUUAUCCCCAUCUGAGCUGAUCUUAGCUAAAUGAAUCACAGCACUAAUAAUGCCAAAGUUUUUAUAACUACGUGGCCCAAGUAGCCUCACACCAUGAGAACUGCUUUUUUUUUUUUUAAAGUAAGCUCUAUGCUGCUCCUAAGACUCACCAACCCCAAGAUCAAGAGUUGCAUGCUCUACCGACUGAGCCUGCCAGGGCAUCGCACUUGGAGACUAUGUUUGGGGAGCGGUGGAUGUGCCGUUGUCCUUGGGAGCAGAGUGUUGAGUAGUAGAGAAGAAAGAAGGAAGAAAAGACGGAAUAUCUCUGAAGGCCUGGGAGACAAACCGUUAUCCUGAAGACGUCACUAUGCCAUCCUGAAAUUUUCCCGCAGAAAAUGGCUCCAAAGGGUAUAUGAAGCUGGAAAAGUACAUAGAUGCAGCAUUGCAGCCUCUCCAGAUGUUUGAGGAUAAUAUUCCGGAGAGAAAUUGAUCCCCUCGGAUUAGGUAACUAGUCAUAAUGAAGAAAAUUAGUCUUAAAACCUUCCGAAAAUCUUUCAACUUGAAUAAAAGUAAAGAAGAAACGGAUUUCAUGGUAGUGCAGCAACCGUCACUGGCCAGUGAUUUCGGAAAAGAUGACUCCUUGUUUGGUAGCUGCUACGGUAAAGACAUGGCCAGCUGCGAUCUCCACAGCGAAGAUGAAAAGGGUGGGAAGAGUCGAUCCAAGAGCGAAAGCCUGAUGGGUACGUUAAAACGACGGCUGUCUGCGAAACAGAAGCAGAAAGGCAAGGGCAGCGCGCCCUCCGGGAGCUCGGCUGACGAGGACACCUUCUCCUCCUCCUCGGCACCCCUGGUCUUCAAAGACGUGAGAGCCCAGAGGCCCAUCAGGUCCACUUCGCUCCGCAACCAUCACUACAGCCCUACGCCGUGGCCUCUGCGACCCACGAACUCGGAGGAGACGUGCAUCAAGAUGGAGGUGAGGGUCAAAGCCUUGGUUCACUCUUCCAGCCCGAGCCCAGCCCUGAACGGGGUUCGGAAGGAUUUUCACGACCUCCAGUCUGAGACUGCGUGCCAGGAGCAGAGUAGUUCACUCAAGAGUUCAGAGUCUCACAAUGGAGACUUGCAUCUUCACCUUGAUGAACAUGUGCCUGUAGUUAUCGGACUUAUGCCUCAGGACUACAUUCAGUAUACUGUGCCUUUAGACGAGGGGAUGUACCCUCUGGAAGGGUCGCGUAGCUAUUGCCUGGACAGCUCUUCUCCCAUGGAAGUCUCUGGGGUCCCUCCGCAAGUGGGAGGGAGCUCCUUCGCCGAAGACGAGAAUCAGGUAGACCAGGACCUAGUGGUGGCCCCAGAGAUCUUUGUGGAUCAGGCGGUGAACGGCUUGUUGAUCGGCACCACGGGAGUCAUGUUGCAGAGCCCGAGAGCGAGUCACGACGAUGCCCCCCCACUCUCACCGUUGCUACCUCCAAUGCAGACCAAUCAGAUCCAAAGGAACUUCGGUGGGCUCACCGGCACAGAUGCCCACGUGGCGGAAAGUAUGCGCUGUCAUUUGAAUUUUGAUCCUAACUCUGCCCCUGGGGUUGCAAGAGUUUACGACUCGGUGCAGAGUAGUGGUCCCAUGGUUGUGACGAGCCUUACAGAGGAGCUGAAAAAACUGGCGAAACAAGGAUGGUACUGGGGACCAAUCACACGCUGGGAGGCAGAAGGGAAGCUAGCAAAUGUGCCAGAUGGUUCUUUUCUCGUUCGGGAUAGUUCUGAUGACCGUUACCUUUUAAGCUUGAGCUUUCGCUCCCAUGGCAAAACACUUCACACGAGAAUUGAACACUCAAACGGUAGAUUUAGCUUUUAUGAACAACCGGAUGUGGAAGGACAUACGUCUAUAGUUGAUCUGAUCGAGCAUUCAAUCAGGGACUCUGAAAAUGGAGCUUUUUGUUAUUCAAGGUCUCGGUUGCCUGGAUCUGCAACUUACCCGGUCAGACUGACCAAUCCAGUGUCACGGUUCAUGCAGGUGCGUUCUUUGCAGUACCUGUGUCGUUUUGUUAUACGUCAGUAUACCAGAAUAGACUUAAUUCAGAAACUGCCUUUGCCAAACAAAAUGAAGGAUUACUUACAGGAGAAGCACUACUGAAAGAUUAUGAGAACCCCCGCAUCUUGCACUUUGGGAAUAAGAAAAAGAGAUUGAAAUACAGUUUACAAACUUUCAUUGCUAUCGAAAUCUUUUGCUGCCAUACUAUUUCAGUUUUAUGUGUAAAAGUAAUCAAUUUGUUUAGUUAGGGGUGGGGAAGUGUCAGCAAGGUGUCUUGGGUUUAUUUUGGUUCUUUAUAAAGGGAAGUCUCGAGGUUUUGGAAGUGUGAAUUAUCUUUCAUCAAUGUGCAGAAUAAUCACAAUGUGAAUUAUCAGAUUCUCCUUAACCACCCCCCCAAGUCCUUUGCUGCUAUCCACUGUGAUUUUUAUGCAUUAAAAGCACAUUUCAUGUGUAUUCAACCCUAAGUAAAGUUGAAUGAAA